AUGGCUUUGAUCUCUGAAGUCACUAUUCUUCCAGAUGCUUUGGAUAUAAAUUAUAUCUCUUCCAGAAGAAUGGUUGUGGAAGAUUAUCAUGUGUUCAACCUGGCAAGAUUUCUAGAAUACAUUCCUUUUCCAUCUGGUGAUUCCAGUCAAGAGAAGUAUUCUAAAGCACCUUUUGUGUCCCCAAUUAAAAGGAAGAUAAAUGCCUCUAAGAAGAAGACUGGUGAUGGUCCGUCUAAUAAGCCUAAAAAUUCUAAGUCUUCUAGAAGAUCUCUGGAAGACAUUCUAGAAACAACUUAUGUGGGCUCUAGAAGUCCCAAGGUCAAUGCGAGAAUUUUUAACAAUAUAACACCUCUUCUUGUGCUUCUUCUUCCUGCACCAGAAGUUGAACUUCCCUUGGUGGUUUCUGACCAAGAGAUUCAAACUUCUGAGAAGACUCUGGAGAUUGGUACUUCUUCUGGAGAAAUGGAGACUCUUGCUUCUAGCUCUAAAAUUGUGCCUCUGGUGAUUUAG